GAAGCUUCUUGCAGCGGGGAGCGGUGGAGAUCCAACGGACAGGGCGAUGUCCGCUGCGCCCAGGGGCCACGCCGAUUCUGACUUCCGGGUGCGGGAGUGGCCCUACAUGUUUUCGCUGUCUGUCUGCUGGGCCCUGGACUCAGAAGAGCCUGUGCAGAAGGACGUGCUCUGCCGCACCCUGCAGAAGCUGAAGCGGAAGCACGGAGCUUUGCGCGUGCAACUUGCAGACCCGCCUGCCCUGUGG